UUAAAGUGUAAAUUUCCUGCGCUGAUUGGAAGAGGCUCCACGAAUGAAAUGCCAACUUAUACUCUCCCUAAAUUUCAAAACCAUACCUAUUCCAUACGCAAUUUAAAUAUUUUUUCAUUUCAUUAACGCCUCGUUUUGCAGACACGUGGCGGCAGCACCAAUUGUAGGGUUUGUAUAAUCUAGAGCCUUCGGGAGAAGAGAAAAUUCCAGAAAGCUCGUAUGAGUUGUCGGAAAGGGUUAAACCAUAAAUUGAAAUCCCUAGCGCAUAAUUACUUUGAAAUGUUUAGUGAAGUCAGUUGAUCUGGUGCAGUCGACUGGAAAUUAAGGAGUUAGUAAAUUUCGACAUACUUUCAAGGAACUGAAUACCUGAAGUAGAAAGAUGCAGGGAGCCAGGAGGAAUAACAGAGAAAUUUCUUCUUUCCCAGAUUCCUUUGGUUUUGGAAAUGGAGGGAGUCUCUUAUCAAAUUUUUUUGAUCGGGAUUCUUUCAAUGAUCCUUUCUUCACAAGGCCUUUUGGAAGCUCUUUUGGCAGUAUUUUUGACUCAGAUAGAUUCUUUAGUGAUCCAUUUGGUGAGCGGAGUGCUUUUAGUCGGAAUAAUUUGCCACAACAGCAGUCUAGUCGAAGGGGUCUUGUGAUUGAAGAAAUUCCUGAUGACCAUGAAAAUGCAUAUGGCACAAAGCAAAAGCCAAGUCAGGAUCCUAUUAUCGAAGAUCCAGAUGACAACGAUGAUCAAGAACAGAGAACGCAGAUGCAAAGUAGGUGGAAUGGGUACCAGGCAAACAAUAAUUCCUAUGGGAGACACGCUCCUUCCCAAAGUUUCACAUUUCAGAGCUCUUCUGUCAGUUACGGAGGACCAAAUGGGAUGUACUAUACGUCCUCAACAACUAGGAGAGCUGGACCUGACGGGGUGAUUGAAGAAGAACACAGAGAAGCAGAUUCUACUACUGGUAAUGCAACGCAGAGGAUAUCUAGAGGAAUUCGAGAUAAGGGCCAUUCUUAUACCAAGAAACGACACUCUGACAGAAAGAUAGAUACCAUGGAAACAUUGCAUAAUUUGAACGAAGAUGAGAUUGCUCAAUUUAAUGAAGACUGGGAGAGAAAAGCAGAGAAAUCUCUUCCUGGAUGGAAGAAGUCUCAUGCUGGCAUGCUUGAUGGAGGAAAGAAGACAAUUUCAGCUGCGAGGCCUGCACUUCCUUCAAAUGAGCCUGAUACAAACAAGGAGAAAGAGUACAAUGCUGCAAAUGGAAAGAAAAACGAGGGUCUAUCUCAGAAGAGUAGAAGAUGGUUUGGACAAAGAAAGGAUUAAGGUUAAUGCUGAAUACCAUUAUUCCAUCUUCAGGUUCAAGCACCUGCACCAGAACAAAGAAAGCUUGAGCACUUAAUGUUGGAUUUUAUUUCUGGUUUCUUACGAUUUUGUAAGGAAUUACUGUCAAAGUCAUCACAUUAGGAAGAAUUAUCAGUGCAUUCUGUGUUAACGAGUCAGAUGAACACCAUGGUAGUUUUUAUCCUUGUUAGCUUUUAGCGAGUAGGAGUUAUUUAGCAGCACCGUUACUAUGUAAUGGUAAAAGCUGCCAUAGACGCCAGUAAUUUAGAAGAAAGUUGUGAUUUGUAAAUCUGGAAUUUUACUUUUACUCUACAUGGUUCGGCUGGAUACAUAAAUGGCUUUAUAAAUUGAAUUAAAUGUUGGGUAAGCUGUGGAGAAUGAAAUCAGUACUUUAGUUUCA